AUGGCAGAGCAGCCCUGCCUGGUGCCCGCCACCAGCCCUCCCCGGCAGGGCACCGUCCCCCACCCGGGUCCCACAGCCAGUCCUGCACCCCCAGGAUCCCAAACCCACCCCAGGGACAAGUGGAGCAAAAAAAUGGAUUUCCUCCUCUCAGUGAUCGGAUUCGCUGUGGAUCUGGGCAACGUCUGGCGGUUCCCUUACAUCUGCUACCAAAACGGAGGGGGAGCCUUUCUCAUCCCCUACACACUGAUGGCUGUUUUCGGAGGGGUGCCCCUCUUCUACAUGGAGCUGGCCCUGGGGCAGUUCCACAGGAUGGGCGCCAUCCCCAUCUGGAAGCGCAUCUGCCCCAUCUUUAAAGGCAUCGGCUUUGCCAUUUGCAUCAUCGGGCUCUACGUCUCCUUCUACUACAACACCAUCAUCGCCUGGGCUCUCUAUUACUUCUACUCCUCCUUCUCGGGCACCUUGCCCUGGGCGAGCUGUGACAACCCCUGGAACACCCCCGACUGCACCAACUACUUCGGGAGGAGCAACGUGACCUGGACCAAGUUCUCCAGGUCCCCCGCCGAGGAGUUUUAUACGAGGAAAGUCCUGGAGAUCCAGAAGUCUGGAGGUCUGUACGACAUCGGGGGGAUCCGCUGGCAGCUGCUCCUCUGCCUCUUCCUCAUCUUCGCCAUCGUCUACUUCAGCCUGUGGAAAGGGGUGAAAACCUCCGGGAAGGUGGUGUGGGUGACGGCCACGCUGCCCUACGUCGUCCUCCUCAUCCUGCUGAUCCGGGGAGCCACCCUGCCCGGCGCCUGGAGAGGGGUUGUCUUCUACCUACGCCCAGACUGGGGCAAGCUCCUGAGCACCGCGGUUUGGGUUGAUGCUGCUGCACAGAUUUUCUUCUCCUUGGGUCCUGGAUUCGGUGUCCUCCUCGCUCUGGCCAGUUACAACCGUUUCCACAACAACUGCUACCGGGAUGCGCUCGUCACCAGCACGGUGAACUGCCUCACCAGCUUCCUCUCGGGCUUCGUCAUCUUCACCGUGCUGGGCUACAUGGCCGAGAUGAGGGACGUGGAGGUGGAGGAUGUGGCGAGAGAUAAAGGGCCGAGCCUCCUUUUUAUCACCUACCCUGAAGCCAUCGCCAACAUGGUGGGCUCCACCUUCUUUGCCAUCAUAUUCUUCCUGAUGAUGAUAACGCUGGGGCUGGACAGCACGUUUGGGGGCUUGGAGGCCGUGAUCACGGCCGUGAUGGACGAGUACCCCCAGGUGCUGGCCGGGCGACGGGAGCUCUUCGUCCUUGGCCUCAUCACAGUCUGUUUCCUGGGCUCCCUGAGCACCCUCACCUACGGGGGAGCCUACGUGGUGAAGCUUCUGGAGGAGUUUGGUGCCGGCUGCUCAAUCCUGGCAGUGGUGCUGCUGGAAACCAUAGCUGUCUCCUGGUUUUACGGGAUACAGAGGUUCUCCCACGACGUGAAAGCCAUGCUGGGCUUCACCCCGGGGAUCUUCUGGAAGGUGUGCUGGGUGGCCAUCAGCCCUGCCUUGUUAGCGUUCAUAGUCAUCAGCUCCCUCCUGGACCAGCCGCCUCUGACGCUCUUCGACUAUCAGUACCCGGCGUGGAGCAUCUCGGUGGGGUACCUCAUAGGAGCAUCCUCCUUCAUCUGCAUCCCCUUCUACAUGGUCUACAAGCUGGUCUGGACGCCGGGCUCUCUCAAGCAGCGCCUCGCCGUCUGCAUCCGGCCCGAGAAAACCACACGAGCCCCCCAAGCAGAGGAGGUGGUGCUGCUGGGCAGCAUCCUCAGCGCCCUCCUCCUCACCAUCAUCCUCAUGGCCGUCUGCGUCUACAAACCCCUCCGGCGGCGGUAG